UAAGCAAGAAAAUUCCUCUCUCUCUCUCUCUCUCUAGAGGGUUUUAUUGCUAGUCAUCUAACAAGAGUUGAAAGAAAUUAAGGAGUAGUGCAGGUAAGAGAGAAGAGAAAAAGUGGGAGAAUUGGAUGAGUUCCUUCUCCGAAAAUCAAAGAACAAUAUUACAUGUGAAUCAUCAGAUUUGGUUAACUCAGGAAAAACGUGGUUCAAAGAUCCAGCAGGCCGCAGAAACAACUUUUUCAGCCUUUUCUUUGUUGAGUGUAUUUAGGGGUUGAGAUUGGAGGUGGAGGAAAGCGCAGAAGAAACCCCAAUUUGGAAUGGGCGUAAGAAGAGUAGGUGGAUAGAAAUGACAUGGUCCAAUCAUGACCAAAAAUCUCUGCAAAUCAUCCCAACUUCUAUUACUACUACUGCUGUUGCCAAUUCCAAACCUCAUCAACUUACUACUCUAAUCUGCCCUUCAUGCGGCCACACCAUCAAACUCCAAGAUCAGAGCGGAAUUCAAGAUUUGCCGGGGCUACCAGCUGGGGUGAAGUUCGAUCCAUCUGAUCAAGAAAUUCUUGAGCACUUGGAGGCAAAAGUGCUCUCCGACACCCGCAAACUGCAUCCUCUUAUUGAUGAAUUCAUCCCCACAAUCGAUGGUGAAAAUGGGAUUUGCUACACUCAUCCGGAGAAGCUACCAGGAGUGAGCAAGGACGGCCAAGUGAGGCAUUUCUUCCAUAGGCCCUCAAAGGCAUACACUACCGGCACACGAAAACGGAGAAAGGUUCACACAGAUGCUGACGGUGGCGAAACAAGAUGGCACAAAACAGGCAAAACCCGGCCUGUUUCAGCAGCUGGAAACAUCAAAGGCUACAAAAAAAUACUUGUUCUCUACACAAACUACGGCCGACAACGGAAGCCCGAGAAGACUAAUUGGGUUAUGCACCAAUACCACCUAGGCGACAACGAGGAGGAGAAAGAUGGAGAACUUGUGGUCUCAAAAGUGUUCUACCAAACUCAGCCCAGACAAUGUGGCUCAUCAACCAUGAAAGACGCAAUCCUCAAUACCACCACUACUAGUAAAUCAAGAUCUUCAAGCAAGAGUAGUGAAAGCGGUUUCAUGAAGAACGCGAGUUUUGUAGAUUACUACAAUCCACCCUUCAUCUCUUACAACGUUGGGAGCCAAAAUAUGAUGAACAGGGACAGCCCACCUCCGCUGAUUCCCAAUAUGGUGGUUCAUGGUGAUGGAUCAUCCUUUAUUGGUCAAUUCCCUUCAAGUGGAAGCAAAGGCAAAUGAGCAAAUUAAUUAAUAGGUUUACAAACAUGAUACAUAUAUAUAUAUAUAUUAUAUAUACAUGUUAUGCUAGGGCGACAGCACUGAUGAGGAAUCUUGAGGCCGGGUGGUAGUUGAAAUAAGUUAAGAUUUACGAGGAUAAGAGAAAUUUAUGCAAUAAGCGGUAAGUAGUUAAUCUACUGAUCAGAACCCGUAAUUCAUAAGUGAUAUAUUAUUAGCUUAAUUAA